AUGUACGUUUGUAUAAAAACAAAGAUGGCGGAUUACAAGCAUGAUAGCAAAGGUUGCACCGACGAUGGAGGGCCGGAGGAGGAGGGAGGCAGAGUGAAAACUAAGCCUGUCUCUUCUAGCACUUUGGGAGGAGGAGGGUCUACAGUCAAGCGCUCAUCCCAACAUCUCACACCUGAAGAUGAGGAUGGUACCUCAGCAGGCCCACUGGCGCCCCUCAAAAUCUCCAAGAUAGGCUUCGGAAUAAGUAGCCAGAUUGGGAAGAAGGUCAACCCCAUCUCCAUCAAACUGGGAGCAACAAAACCUAAAGAGCCUGUGCCAACUAAUCCUGCCAAGAAGCCAACACUGGCCUCGGUUUUUAAUGAGGAAGAUGAUAGUGAACCUGAAGAGAUGCCCCCAGAGGCUAAGAUGAGAAUGAAGAACAUCGGCAGGGAGACACCAACUUCUGCAGGACCCAAUUCCUUCAACAAGGGAAAGCAGGGUUUCUCUGAUCACCAAAAACUUUGGGAGAGGAAGCUGAAGGCCCAGGCAGACAAACCUUCCGUCGGUGGUCGUCCCGUCCCCUCAGCAUCAUGGAGCCCAUCCCCGCACACUUUGAACAGAUAUUUGUGAUAGUACUCUUGAGUACUUCGCUGACUUCUCCUGUGCCUGAAACUCCUUUUGAAAUACCCUUUGAAACGGAAAUAAAUCAUUGAAUUCCUCCGUGGUUUAUCUGACUCUUAUUGUGGUAGAAUUCUCUUUCUAUUCAUCGCAGCAGCCAUCCUUGUCAAAUAAAUACAUUUGGGUCACAUUUACAAACUUUAUAAAAACGCGUAAAGUUUUUGAAUGACAAGUACUGCCCCCCCUUUUUUCCCCCUCCCCAAUUGUACUUGGCCAAUUACACCACUCUUCCGAGCCGUCCCGGUCGCUGCUCCACCCCCUCUGCCGAUCCGGGGAGGGCUGCAGACUACCACGUGCCUCCUCCGAUACAUGUGGAGUCACCAGCCCCUUCUUUUCACCUGACAGUGAGGAGUUUCACCAGGGGGACGU